ACAUAAAAGAAAAGGGAAGAACUAUCAGCAGCAUAUUUAUUAACCACGCUUGGGGACCGGAGCAAUUUGUGAAAUCUACAUCACUUACACACAUCACUGCCCAGCUGUGUGCUCUCCGGGCUGUGGCAGCACAAGCACUUCUUACCUCAGGGCAGAAUCUCCUGCUCCAUCACACGGCUGUCCAACAGCUCCAGCUCCUGUUGUCACACAUUCACCCUGAUGGGCAUCCCGGCUCUGGAGGCUGCUCACCUCUGGCUCUCCAUUCCUCUCAUGUGCACUUCCAUUUCAUCCCUUAUGGGGAACGAGCCCCCCAUCUUUGUUGUCAGAACCGACCCGAGCCUCCACCAGCAUUACUGUUUCCUGCCCACGCUGGAUUUAGGUUUCUCUCUCUCUAGUAUUUUCUGGGUGAAUACUGCUCAGGGUUACUUUAUCCAUUCCUUCUCAUUCUUAGAGUCCCCAGUGCUCCUGGCCAUGGCUUUUGAUGGCUAUGUGGCCAUCUGUUACUCACAGAGAUACUCCUCCAUCCUCACCCCAGCCAGGACAGGCAGGACUGGGCUGGCUGCCCUGAGAUGUCUGCCAAGUGUGCUGCCAUCACCCAUCUUGCUGAGAAGGUUGCUUUUCUGCCUCUCCCACCUGCCUUCCAACGCCUACUGUCUGCACCAGGACCUGGUCAAGCUGUUGUGUGCAGUCAUCACGCUCAGUGCUGUGCACACACGAGCUGUGCUCGUCCCACAGCGCUGCUUGUUCCACUGCUUAUUGCUCUGUCAUGCAUCGUGAUUUGUGAGCACUGCAUCCCAGGAGGAGCAUCUCAAGGUUUUGAACAACUGCUGGUCCCAUAUCCUGGCAAUUCUGAUCCCGCACGUUCCCACAGCUGGUUUGUCUGUGCUUCACUGCUUUGGCAAACACGAUUCUCCCCUCAUUCACGUCCUCAUGGCCAACACCCACCUGCUGGUCAGCUGCUUGCUGAACGCCAUCAUCUGCGACAUGAAAACCAAACGGAUCUGAGGGGGGUCCUCAAGGUCCUCAUGUCGAGGAGGAGCCUCUCCAGCACAGCACACGAAGUGCCUUCACAAACUGCUCACCACGAACUGCUGGGAUGCACGCACUGUGCCACGCAGUUUGUGUUUGCUGGGUGAUGGCACACUUCUGGCUGAAGACAUAAACAACUGAUAUCCAUAUCGAGUGCACUGGCUAUUUAACCUUAAACCAGAGUCCAUUCUCUUUUGUCCUGUGAUUUAUCAGAUUAUUCCAUCUGCAUCAAGAGAUUUGUUAUUUCCACUGCUCGCUGAAGAAGCUCAUGCUCUAGGCAAACUUCACCAUGAGAGGUGUUUUCUUCUCUCGAAAACACAUUUAGUAACACAAUUUGCUCAAGUGCUUGCAAUGAGUACUGUAAUGAAGAAAUAAACUCCAGCCUGAGAAAUAAUUCAGCCUGUAAUUAAGCCUGAGUUAAACCUGUUCUGAAGCCAUUAGAAACCAAAGAAAGCACAAGUCUUCCACAUCCCUGUGCUAUCUAAAGGUGGGUGAAAGCAACAGAGCAAGUAUUUGCCCACUCUUCUUUCAUGGAAGCCCAAGUCUGCCUUGGGGAGUUCAGCCUUCCAGGCACGCAGCUCCUCAGCAGCGCCACAGAAAGGCAGGAUGGCAGGAAAGCUGCACCGACUCUUUAAUCCAUUAAUGGAUUAAUGGACUAAUUAAUCAUUAAUCAUUAAUCCAGCCGGGAGUCGGGGUG